AUGGAUGACAGCAUUGACCCCAGACUUCGCGGUGCCGAAGAGCACAGCUCAGUAGCCCUUACUGGCGGCCCAGCUCACAACACCGCCCAUCUUGCAUCGGCGCCAGUGCCAGCAUCAGCAUCAGCAUCAGCAGAUGCGUCGGCGCCUUCUCCUGUCGCAACCUCAACCUCAACCACAGGUCCCAGCCCAAGCUCGGUCGGACUACCGGUGCACAGCUAUGGCGCAACCCCGGGCACUCCAGCAUCCACGGUGCAGCAUCCGUACGCGAAUUCAAAUGCAAACCCAGAUGCGAAUGCAGAUCCAACAGCGGAUGACCCCGAGACCCCCAACCCCGGCUUUGCCCCCGGCGCCACCACUCCAGGGAAUCCUGACGAUCCAAAGCGACCGCGAGCUUGCGAAGCAUGCCGCGGAUUGAAGGUCAAGUGCGAACCUGACCCUGCCGACGAGAAUGGCCCUUGCAAGCGAUGCAGAAAGGCCAACCGUUCCUGUGUCAUCACGCAGCCCACCAGGAAGAGGCAGAAGAAGACCGACAGCAGAGUCGCCGAGCUCGAAAAGAAGAUUGAUGCGCUCACGGCCAGUCUGCAGGCCUCGAGAGGCGGAGGGCCUGCACAGCUACCUUCGCUAGAGCACAACCCCUUCGGCAGCGCCCAACAACAAGUCACCAACCUGCCGCGAGAAUGGAGCCAUGCGCCGCCGCCUUCUCAGGCCUCUCAGGUCCAGUCGACUCCGGAACAGGAGAAAGCGCAGUCCUUCUUCCUACCGCCCACCGGCAUGGCCGGCCAGAAGAGAAAACACUCCGAAAACAGGGAGAGCUCUGCCGAAGAGUCUAGACUCUGGCACCAGCCAAAGGAGCCCCCGCGCCAUGAAUAUACCACCGACAUGAUCGACCGAGGACUCAUGACUAUGCAGCAAGCCAAUGAUUACUUUGCCCGUUACACUGACCACAUGAUCAAGCAUCUGCCAGCCGUCGUCUUUCCCCCAGGCACCACGGCUGCUGAAGUCAGAAAAACAAAGCCCCUCCUGUUUCUAGCAGUCAUGGCAGCUGCAUCUUCCGAAGCACCGCACAUACAGCGCCAGCUCGUGAAGGAACUAAUACAGCUCUUUGCCGACAAGAUCGUUGUCUACGGCGAGAAGAGCCUAGAAUUGGUCCAGGCCCUACAAGUUGGAGUUAUCUGGUACCAUCCGCCGGAGCAUUUUGAGGAACUCAAGUUCUACCAGCUCGUGCAUAUGGGUGCAGUCAUGGCUAUCGACAUUGGCUUGGGCAGAAAGCGGAGUAGCAGCAAGCAACGUAUGAUCCCAUAUACGUGGAAGGACCACCCAAUGCGAAAGCAUCCUCUGCCUGACCCGACGACCAUUGAAGCCAGACGGGCUUGGCUAGCAUGCUACUUCCUUGCCUCAAAUGUUGCCAUGGCAUUGCAUCGCCCAAACCUCAUCAGAUGGACUUCUUUCAUGACAGAGUGUAUCGACAUCCUGGAGUCGUCUCCGGAAGCCGCACCUUCGGACAAGUACUUGUGCCAUCUCGUAUGGACCCAUCGAUUGGCAGAGGAAGUCGGAAUACAGUUCUCCAUGGACGAUCCAACAACUUUUGUCAACGUUUCAGAGCCCAAGGUACAAUAUGCUCUUCGGGGUUUCGAAAGAGAUCUGGAGAAGUACAGUGAAUCGAUCCCUCAAACAGAGAAGCAGCCUUCUCUUCUCCUCAGUUUUCACGUCCUCAGUCUCUAUAUGCACGAGAUAGCGCUAUAUGUGGAGAAGGCGGAGGAUAUGCGACCCCCGUGCAAUGCGGAGGUUCUCCGAGAUCCUGUGCCCGGCCUCAACGAGUCUCUGACAGCCGCCCACAUUGGUGCACUGAGCUCUUGUCUCACAGCCAUCGACGGCAUAUUCGACACGUUUCUCUCAAUGGAUGUCUAUAGCAUACGCUGCCUACCCGUCUUUAAUUUCGUACGAGUGGCCUACGCUGUGGUCGUCUUAAUCAAGAUGUACUUUAGUGCUAGUACGCCAAACUCUGAACUCGGCAGGGUGAUCAACAAGGACAACAUGAAGGUGGAAGAAUAUUUGGACAAGCUACUGGCCAAGUUUGGCGAUGUCGCUGCUGCGGAUAAGUCGCGGCCAGCUGCCAAAUUUAUUCUCGUUCUGGCCAUGCUGAGGAGUUGGUUUCAGAAGCAGGGGAAAGCUGACAACGGAACACCUUCGCUCCCACCGCAAGACGCCACUGUCAAGGCAGAGGCUAUGACAUCGGCACCUGCUCCACAGCAUCAGCAGCCAACAAAUGAAUACAACCCUGCCAACACGCCACUACAGCUUCUCUCCGAGAUUGCGACCGGUAACCGCAACGGUGACCAGACCAACGUUGCUGCUAAUGUUAACAACAAUAUCAAUACCCAGCCCUUCACCAACUGGAUGAGCUCUGCAGUUCCAUCCACGGGAACAUUCAUGUAUGACUCUGGCAUGGGUAUCAAUGGCGUCAUGCCUUACUUGAACAACUCUUUCAGCGCUGACUUUGACUACUCAAAUCUGGGUGAUGGCUUUGAGCAGGCUAUGGGCUUGACUUUUGGCGGAUUUAUAGGUCCAGAUAUUGGUUCUCAAGGCAUGGAGUAUAUCUUUGAAGGCGGACCCAACAUGGGAACGCACUUUCCCUAUCAGUGA